AUGGCCGCGGCCGGCCCCGUCCUGCCCCCCGAGGAGGUGGCUUUGCUGGAGCUGGGGACGGCGGCCGCCCCCCCGGCUGAGGGGGCCGCCGGCCGCGCCGAGCCCCCGGGGGACCCCGCCGCCACGCUGCCGUGGGAGCCGUGCCAGCGCGGCGCCCGGAGCCAGCCGGAGCCCGAGAGACGCCCGAGCCCCGACGGGGGCCGCCGAGACGCCGAGGAGGACAGCCCCCCGUGCGAGGCCGAAGGCGAGGAGCCCCGGGGGCAGCCCACGGCGCCCGCCCACGUCUCCGUGCCCAUCGACCCGCGGUGCAUCGAGCGGAAGCGGCCGUCAGACCCGCGACCCCGGGAGCGGGGCGAGGGGGGCUGCGCGGCCCCCCACGGCAACCGGCCCCACGACCUCCUCCGCCAGAAGCAGGUUUUCCUCCCCCUCGGGUGCAGGGACGUCCCGGGUUACGGGGGGCGAGCGGCCAAGGCGCCGGCCGAGGCGUCCCGGUGCCCGUGCGCCGGGCCGGGUUGCAGCUCCGACGGCCUCAGGGCCGUGGCGUCCGCGGCGGGGGCCGUGCUCCUCUGCCCCUGCCUCGUCUACGGCGCCUACGUCUUCCUGCCCUUCGACGCCCCGCUCCUGCCCACCGUCAGCGCCCGCCUGGUCUACACGCUCCGCUGCGCCGCCUUCGCCACCUUCCCCGUCGUCCUCGGGAUGAUCGUCCACGGCAUCUCCCGCCUCUGCUCCUCCUCGCUGGAGCCCUUCGGGGAGCUGCAGCGGGAGGUGGAGAUCCACCGCGCCUACGUCUCCCAGUCCGUCCACCUCUUCGUCCUCUACUUCUUCAACAUGGCCGUGCUGGCCACCUACCUCCCUCAGGAGGCCCUGAAACUCGUCCCCCUGCUCACGGGGCUCUUCGCCAUCUCCCGGCUGAUCUACUGGCUCUUGUACGCCGUCGGGCGCUCCUUCCGCGCCUUCGGCUUCAGCAUGACCUUCCUGCCGCUCCUGGCCAUGCUGUUCUGCAACCUGUACGGCUUGUUCGUCCUGGAGCCCGAAAACCUCCUCGCCGUGGCGGGUGCCAAGGCCGAGGGGCCCUCCAAGGACGGCGGGAACAAGCUCCGAUUCUGGGGGUGA